AUGGUUGACUCCGACUCAGACAUUUUGAAUGCAAUUGAAGGAAUUGCAAGUGUAAAAUUUGAAUGGUACCAACCUAACCCUCAAGCAGUCAGACAACAUGCUGGAUACUUCCCGUUCAUAAAUAAGUCUGACAUUGACUUGACAAGGUAUGGAAUUUACAAUUCAAUUGAAACAAUUGUCAAUGAACCUUGUAUUCUUACAUGUCUCAGGAACUCUGGUCUUGUUACAGAUGAGAAGAUGAAGUAUCUUGAGUCAUGUGUGAAGACAAGGUACAUUCUCAGAGGUCAAUUGGCAAAAUUGCACCGUUGGCAAAUGUCAAUAUCCGAGUCAACAUACCGACAGAAAGGUUCUUCACAUGACGACUAUGUUGUUGACAAAGACUUACCAUGGUUGAAGAUUGUAAUUGUCCACAACCACUUCAUGUUGAACGAAAGUCUUACAAACCCAUUGUUCGGAAAAGGCAAGUGCAACAUUGUCAGAGCUGUAAACAUUCUUUUCGAGAAAGGUUUGUUGGAACCAAUUCCAGAUGACAAGCUGACAGAAACUUUUGUACCAAAAGACGAAACAAACUUUUCAUUGUUAGCAAGACCAAAAGUUGUUCCAGACAAAGUUCUAGCACAAAAGAAGUACACAGUUCCAAAAGGAGUUGGAUUGUUCGGAUACCAACCUGAACCAGAAGAACUUCCAAUGAGGUUGCAAGAACUUCAAGAUGCUAUAAACAAACUUCCAUUGAGACAUCCAAUUGACGUCAAAUUGUAUUGGAGAGCAUCUGAGUUAGGUCAGAAGGUUUUAUAUGAAACAGGUUGCUUCGACGAUGUUUAUGAGAUAACAGGAGAAGUUUCUCAGAAGAUAAGAGACUCACUUGAAUUUCCACGAACUGGACCCAUUGGUUGCGACAAGUUCGACUCAGAUGAAAAGAUAUACUAUGUCGACCUUAACGCUGCGUACAUGAGGUUCGUCCAAUAUAUCCCGACUGGAAUUCCAAACGAAGAUGGUGAGUUCCCAGGAAGGAACUAUACAGUUGGAAAAGUCAUACAACAACU